UCCAACAUGGAAACGCUACACUUCGCUGAUUAACUAACUCGCAUUCGCGGUACCCAACAUUUGAUGGACAGUCGACCGACUACCAGAAAUUGCCGCUCUUCCGGUCAACUUUUUCUUGCGGUUCUUCAAUUACGUUUCUGUUUAUGUGUUCAAAGUGAAGUGAUUUUUUGGAUCGGUUUUCUGAUCAAUGCGUGACCGUUAGAAAUGGUACUAAAAGUCGCAGACAACGAAGCUUCAAUAAAAAUAAAAAACACCCAAAGGACGUUUAGUGGGUUUUCCAUCAAAGUGAAAUUUAAAACGAUGCCAAAUCUUCAGUUGACUAAAGCAAAUCUCCUUAUAUUAAUAUUAAUACCGUUGUUUAGUGUAAUUAGUGUGGUGGAAUGCAAUAGACCGCCGCGAUUCCUGAUUGAUGGCCAAACCGAAAUCGUUUUACGACUGAAGGAAGGAAACGAAACCCAAAUUGGUACUCUGCUUUACAAACUAAGAGCCUACGAUGCAGAUGGAGACCGACUUACUUUCGGCGUAAAACCAACUGCAGAUAGCGAUGUUAUAAUAAUCGACAGCACAUCGAACAACGAAGCCAACGUCUAUUUGAAUAAACUCCUCGAUAGGGAGGAACAAGACGAAUAUCCGCUGGUUCUAACAUUAACCGAUGGCCACUUGGGCCCGGGAAACUACGUUACGCAAAGUUUACUCAUCCUGGUCGAGGAUGUUAAUGAUAAUAUUCCGGUAUUCAGGAGUCAUCCCAGCUCGCUAUCGAUUCGCGAAGACGCCCCCCCAGGAGUGAUCGCUAAACUGGAAGCCACCGAUGCGGAUGAAGGCCCUUAUGGACAAGUGAUUUAUCAGCCGGCUCCGGAUGUGGACAAAAGCUUGUUCAGUGUUAGUACCGUUGGAGACAAGGCCAUUGUGAAACUUAUAGGAAGUUUGGACUAUGAAAGGCAAACUGUGCAUCAAGUGAAAGUUCUGGCAGUCGAUCGCGCCAAAGAGGGACGAGUAAAUACAGGAACUGCAGUGAUUUUGGUGAAGGUGCUCGAUGUUGAGGACCGGCCUCCGGAAUUCGUCCGGGUGGUGCCAAUUUCGCGGAUUGCUGAGAACAGUCCUAUUGGGUCCACAGUGCUACAAGUGAUUGCCAUAGACGGAGAUCGGGACAUAAACAACAGAAUCCAAUACUCGCUCACCACAAAUAAUAUUGAGCAUGCAAGGGAUAUUUUCAGGAUUGAAAAGGAUACCGGGAAAGUGGUCACUGCUGCACUUUUGGACCGCGAAGCCCUGCCACUGGGUUCCAGCUCGUAUAUUCUGCAAAUAACCGCGACGGAAGUUGGAGGGCGAGAGCGACCGCCACCUUACGCCACAACUGAAGUGACCGUGAUGAUAUCAGAUGUUAACGAUGAAACCCCAAUGUUUAAAAGCAACGUUUACGAAUGCGAAAUUGCGGAAAAUGCCCCGAAAAACACUCCUUUGAUGUUUACAGGAAAUUCUUUGCCAGAAGUUUUCGACUACGACCAGGGGAUAAACGGCACAUUUCAAUUGUACGUUAAAAACGGGAAUGAAAUCUUCGACUUGACCCCUAAAAGAGCCACCAACGAAGCAACUUUUGCUAUUAAGGUGAAAAAUAGCACCAUCCUGGACUUUGAAAGAGUGAACGUGAUCAACUUCACCAUCGUAGCAAAAGAGGUGGUUAAACUUAAUCCAAAAUUCAGCGAGGUGCCGGUAAUAGUUAGAAUCCUGGAUCGGAACGAUAACUAUCCGGAAUUCACCAAAAGCGCCUAUGAAGUGUGGGUUCCGGAAAAUUGCGAUAUUGGCACCACUGUGGCUUGGGUUCAAGCUCUGGAUGACGAUUCAGGAGUGUAUGGAACCAUGGGAGUCAGAUACACGAAUAUUGGUGGAAGCAUUGGAAAUUUACUCAACAUUCAUCCAGUUUCUGGAAUAAUCACGGUGAAAACUGCCGGCGGUCCUUCAUGGGACAGAGAGCAAGUGUCCAGACAUUUUCUAACAGUGGAAGCAAGAGAUGAUUUGGGAAACGGAAAUCGAAAUUCCGUCCAACUGACCAUCAAUCUGGAGGACGUGAACGAUAACAGUCCGAUUUUCACUCAGAGCAAAUACGAAGCGCGCCUAUUGGAGAAUCAGGACAAUUUUGAAAGUGUGCUCAAAGUCGAGGCACGAGACGCAGAUUUAAAUGGGACGAAAAACAGUGAAAUCGAAUAUUUUCUAGUCGGGGAGCUGCACCAGAACUUUAGCAUGGAGCCGGCCACUGGCCUCAUCAGGCCCAAACAUCCCAUCGACUUUGAAUACAUUGAGGGCUCUGAAGAGGAGAACGUGAGGAUUUUGUACUUAACUGUAAGGGCACGCGACAUGGGAAGUCCAAGUUUAUUCAGUGAAGUGCCGCUACUUGUCUACGUGGAAGAUGUUAAUGAUUGUCCUCCCAUUUUCAAGCACAUGUUUUACAAUGCAACUAUUGCGGAAGAUGUCGAAGGUGCCACCCCAGUGGUUCAAGUUGAGGCUUUCGAUUUGGAUGGUUCUUCUCCGAACAAUCGCAUAGUCUACAGAAUCCAGCAGGGUGCAUUUGACAAGUUUAUUAUUGAUUCUGAAACAGGUGUGAUCUCAACAGCCUACGGGGCUAAUUUGGAUCCGGACUUAACAAAGCCCAGAAAAAUGGUUUAUCCACUGAAAGUGUUGGCUUUAGACGGAGGCCAGGGCGAGAACCAACUGGCUGCUGCUGUAACAGUGGAAAUUUCGAUUCAGGAUGUUAAUAAUAAAAAUCCCGAAAUUCUCGAGCUGGAUGAACUUCGGGUUCCUGAAAACACCCCGGUUGGGACCGUUAUAGCGAAAAUAACUGCCCGAGACCUGGAUGAAUCUGCCAACUUAACUUACUUCAUAGACAAAGAACAUUGCCAGGCAAUAGACGAAAGGGGCAUUCGAGUGAAAAACGAACCAAUCAAAUGCUUCAGUUACUUUACUCUGGACCCUUCUGCUGGCAGUUUGAGUGUGGCCAGAAACAUAGAUCGGGAGGAAAUUGAGCAGUUUUCUCUUCGGGUGGUUGUGAGGGAUUUAAACGCCGAAACCGAUCACAUCCAGGAAGACGCUUCGACGUUAAAAAUCAAAAUAGACGACUUGAACGAUAAUAGCCCUAAAUUCACGGAGCCUUUCUACAAGUUUCUAGUCAAUGAAAACAGCAAAAACGGGGUUUUAAUUGGCACAAUUAAGGCCAAUGAUGCCGAUGCGAAUAAAUCAGUCACCUACGUGUUGGACAAAAGGCAGCAUUAUGGAAACUUGGUUUUUCUCGAUGGAAAUACGGGCGAAAUUGUGGUGGGAAGUAAGCUCGAUAGAGAAGCAACUGAAUGGAUCAAUUUCACGGUAAAAGCUAUAGACUCGGGUUCACCAGCUAGAGCUGCUGGAGUGGAAGUGUUUGUUCAAAUAUUGGACGAAAACGACAAUAGUCCAGUAUUUGCUCGCGAGCCAACUGCUUUAAUGAUUCCCGAAGAUAUUCCUCCGGGUAGUCAGAUCACAACGAUUAAGGCUACGGACGAAGAUAUCGGAGAAUAUGGCAAAAUCACGUUCAUUCUUGAUAGACUAUCAGCACAGGGAAAGUUCUCCAUUGAAAGUGAUACUGGCAUUUUGAAAGUGGCCGAAAAACUGGAUCGGGAAGAGAAGGGCAAUUACUUGCUAAUAAUUCAGGCUUGGGAUAAUUAUCAGUACGGGUUCAACAGUGGAGAGAGCAGAAAUGCUUUUAAACAUCUAAACGUAACUCUUCUAGAUGUGAAUGAUAAUAAACCAGAAUUAGUUGUGGAUCCUGGUUGCGUUAAUAUAACGGAGUUCCACGAACCCAAACAACCCAUUACAAUUGUGAGGGCGUCUGACAAGGAUGAUCCGAAUACGUCCAAUGGACAGGUUAUCAUCGAUAUUGCGGACGGAAACCAGCAGGAUCUGUUCGAUUUGAAUCAAAUCAACGAAUGGGCGGCGCAAGUUCGCACCACACGCUCUCUGAAGAGGAGGCAUGGAAAUUACACGCUGAUUAUCCGAGCGCAGGACUUAGGAGAGCCCAGUUUCCUGGUGGAGGCUCCAUUGCAUAUUUGUGUAAUGGACUACAACGAUCAUGCCCCUGUUUUCGUUUCGCCGCCGCAUAAUUCAACACUUAGAGUGCCGGAGAACGCGACAGUCGGAAGCCCUUUGCUCCAGAUUGUGGCCACCGAUGAAGAUGUAGGCCCAAACGGAGCGGUUCGAUAUCGGCUCAAAGCUGACCCGGCUGGACAUUGGAGGGCGUUCAAUUUGCACCCAACUUCGGGAAUUUUGGAACUACGAUGGCCAAUGAACCGGAAAAAACAGAAAAUUUUUGAUAUUCGUGUGGAAGCUUACGACUUGGGCAUUCCAACGUCUCUGAGUUCCGAUCUGGAUCUGACGGUUUAUGUGACCGACAUCAAUGGGUAUCAGCCUCAAUUUAGGGAAGACGAAUUUAUCGUCAACUUUACAGAAAAUAAAAAACCUGGAUCCGAACUAAAAACUCUACCGAAAACGAUUGAUAAAGAAGAAAUGGAAAUUGAAAGUACGCCAGCCCCGAUCUGCUACUUCAUAGUGGGCGGAAACGAAGAUGGUUUAUUCAAUCUACACCCAAUCGAUCACACUCUACAUGUAACGCGGUAUUUGGACCGGGAAGAGAACGACGUUCACUUGCUUCUAGUGAAAGCCACUGAAGAUUGCACGUAUCCUCCGGAGCCUCAGAAUUUUUUUGACUCAGACGAUAACACGCAGCUCAAAGUAAUUGUGAAAGUUUUGGAUGUAAACGAUAAUGCUCCCAGGUUUAUCAGACGUGUAUUCACGGGGGGAGUUAGCACGGCAACAUCAUUUGGAACGAAAUUCAUGUCGGUCAAAGCGGAAGACGCUGACUAUGGACCCAAUGCCCUCAUUUCCUAUUUUAUCAUUGGGAGAGUCCAGAUGACAUUAACCGAAGGUCUAGACAGCUUGAUGCGGGCUCCAUUUCUGGUGGAAAAAGAAACUGGGUCGAUCAAACUCAAUUUUGACCCUCAACAGGGGAUGAAAGGCUACUUUGAUUUUAUGGUGCUGGCCAAUGAUACCGGAGGCCUACAGGAUACGGCCAGAGUAUUUAUCUACCUGCUGAGAGAGGACCAAAGGGUGCGAUUUGUGCUCAGGCAACAUGCGCCAGACUUGCGGGAUAAAAUUGAAAUCUUCCGAGAUACUUUAGGAAAUGUGACCGGAGCCAUCGUGAACAUAGACGAGUUCAGAAUACACGCAAACCAUGAUGGCACUGUAGACAAAACUCGAACUGAUCUGUAUUUGCACCUGGUGGACCGACAGGAUAAUUCUAUACUGGAAGUAGCUGAUGUGCUGCGGCUGGUGGAUCAGAACACGGAGAAACUGGACGAUUUGUUUAAGGAUUUCAACGUUCUGGACACGCAACCUGCCGGGAGUUUGGCUCUGAAGGCGAAGCUCCAAACCGCGGGAACAACGUUUUGGCUAACAGCAACCUCUUUGUUCCUGUUUCUGCUCCUGCUGCUUAUUUUGGCCUUGUUUAUUACUCAACGCCACGCAUACCAGCGAAAACUGAAAGCUGCCACAGCUACAGCUUAUGUUCGAGCGGAUUCGGACAUUGAUGGCAGGGGCUUAAGCAUGCUCGGGGGCCGAGUUCCCAACACGAACAAGCAUAGCAUGGAAGGCAGCAACCCCAUCUGGCUAAAGGCUUAUGAGAAUGAAUGGUACAAAGGCCCUGAUGACCUGAGCAACACUUCGGACCCGGAUUCACUGGAUGAAAACGUGAUUUGCGACGGCGAGGCAACAGAAUCCAUCGAACACGUGCCGUCAAACAGUUGCGAGAAUUUAACUUCGGAUCUACUGGCAAAGCCAAACAUUUAUCACACUUUGCCCAUGCCCGUUCCACAGCCACGCAAACUUGAAACCACCGAAUUAUGAUCGUUCGUCUGUGGAAACUUGGACUAGACAGCAUUCAGCCACUAGUUUACAUCGUGGAAGAAGUUCCGGAAGAAGGAAAUUUUGAGUGUCGUCCCAUGAGGCCUUAGUCGGUCAACUUUCGCCCAACAUCGACGCUUUAUAGAAAUUCGUUUUAACUGUAUAAAAAGCGAAGAUUUAUGAUUGGAUGUAAUUAAAAGUGUGAUUUUU